AUGGAACCCUCAGUCACACUUAAUUCUGGUCAUAAGAUACCAAUGGUAGGAUAUGGUACAUAUCUAUCAAAACCAAAUGAAAUUGGAGAGUGUAUUAGAAUUGCAUUGAAAGAAGGAAUUCGUCAUUUUGAUUGUGCUGAAGUUUAUCAUAAUCAAAAGGAAAUAGGUCAGGUUUUUAAAGAAGCUUUCGAUAGUGGUUUGGUAAAGAGAAGUGACUUGUUUAUCACUAGUAAACUAUUUGCUACUUGCCACUCAAAGGAACAUGUUAGAAAGCAUUUCGAUAUCACACUGAGUGAUUUGCAAUUGGAUUAUUUGGAUCUCUACUUGAUUCACUGGCCACUUGCAAUGGAGUACAACGCUGCGGAACCAAUGAAGUCGCCAAUGGAGAAUGGAUAUCCUAAACUUGCAAAAGUGCCAAUCAUUGAGACUUGGCGUGAGUUGGAGAAGAUUCACGAUGCUGGAUUGGCUCGCAGUAUCGGUGUCUCCAAUUUCAAUGUAAGUGUUCUCAACGAUCUUUUGAACUCGGCACGAAUCCCGCCAUCAGUUAACCAAUGUGAGUUACACCCGUACUGGAGUCAACCAGGCUUGAGAAUGUUCUGUGAGAAGAAUAACAUUCAUAUGACUGCCUACAGUCCAUUGGGUAAGGGCUCAAUCAUGAGUGAUCCGGUCAUCGUAGAGCUGGCCAAGAAGUAUAAUAGAUCGACAGCCAACAUUCUCUGUCGUUUCGGUAUCCAAAAAGGUUACUCUGUCAUUCCAAAGAGUACCACUCAUUCACGUAUCAAAGACAAUGCCAACGUCAAAGAUUUCGUCAUCUCUGAUAGUGAUAUGGCUAUUCUAGAUGCACUCCCACAAAAGAGAAUAAUUCAACCAAUGAAUUUCUGGGGAUUCCCAUUGUUUGACUAA